UUUAGAGGAAGCGGAAGUGUCAGAGCAGGCGGAAGUGGUACUGCCCUGAAUACCCUGAGCAGCGAGCGGAGGACGGCUUGAUAAACUCCCAUCGUUCAGAGAAAAAAAUCGGGAUUCCAAGUACGCUCUAAAUCCUAAAAGAUGGAUAAGAACGACCUGGUGCAGAAAGCCAAGCUGUCAGAGCAGGCUGAGCGCUAUGACGACAUGGCGGCUGCCAUGAAGGCCGUGACGGAGCAGGGCCUAGAACUCAGCAAUGAGGAGCGCAACCUGCUCUCUGUCGCCUACAAGAAUGUGGUGGGGGCCCGUCGUUCAUCCUGGCGCGUGAUCUCCAGCAUCGAGCAGAAGACGGAGGGGAACGAGAAGAAACAGCAGAUGUCCCGCGAUUACCGUGUGAAAAUCGAGUCUGAACUCCAAGAAAUUUGCCACGACGUGCUGAAUCUGCUCGACAAAUUCCUCAUUCCCAAUGCAUCUCAGGCGGAGAGCAAGGUGUUCUACCUCAAAAUGAAAGGAGACUACUUCAGAUACCUGUCAGAGGUGGCCUCUGGGGACUCAAAGAAGGAUACGGUGGAGAACUCUCAGCAGGCCUACCAGAACGCCUUCGACAUCAGCAAGAAGGACAUGCAGCCAACACACCCCAUCCGGCUGGGCCUGGCCCUCAACUUCUCCGUCUUCUACUACGAAAUCCUCAACUCCCCCGAGCAGGCCUGCUCUCUGGCCAAGCAGGCUUUCGACGAGGCGAUCGCCGAGCUCGACACCUUGAACGAGGACUCGUACAAAGACAGCACGCUGAUCAUGCAGCUACUAAGGGACAACCUCACUCUGUGGACAUCAGAAAACCAGGGAGAUGAGGGCGAAACCGGCGAUGGAGAGAACUAGAGCGCACUUCACUGUUAACCCAUCCCCACUCUCCUCCUCUUCCUUUUACCUCUCUUCCUCUUUCUUCUCUUCUUCCUCUCUUCGUACACAUAAACAGCCCAUUCAUUCCCUCGUCCCACUUGUUCAAGCCCAGCCUCCCGACUUCCCUUCUGUAUAACCAACAGCAUGAAUAGUACCUGACCUUCACAAAUGAGUUUUAAAAAAAGGAGGGGGGAAAGACAUUAACUGUUCCAUCACCCCAAGAUCCCUCCAUCCCUCCAUCCCUCCCUCCCUCCUCCCUCCCUCCCUCCCGUGAUCAUGGCACUCCAAGGCAGGCCAGCGGGCUCAAGCCACUGGCCGGUCUAGUCUUAUAGCACGCAGGGAGGAUUUUUAUCCGAAACCACAAAAUAAUUUAAUGUUUUUAGAGUCCACAUCGCCCCGUUUUUAGCCUCCUCGUUUAAUCUUUCUCCUCCAUUCCUUCCAUUCUUCCUCGCUCCUCUUGCCUCCUUCCUAACAUCUCAGUACGUUCUCUCACCCUCUUCCUCCCCUCCUCUCUCUAGCGAGUUAAUGCAUUUAUAUAGUUGUCAAUCCCUUCUCUUUUGGCUUUUCUUAGUGUACUGGCAAAAUGGCUGGUUUUAUUCCACUUUAAACAAAACGAAAAAAGGUUAUUAAACUGUCCGUUUAUUUUCAACAAACACUGUGAUGCUUAGUUUUUCCUCCACCGUACCACCAGACCCUCCUUUGACGGCAAAACCGAUAUUCCGCUGAGAGAGGGUGUGUUUGAACAGCAGUGCAAUUCUGCUGAGGUUUAUACAGAAGGGUCCUCCCACAAGGCUGUAUUGUGACACUGACAAAUCUAAAAACAAAAGUGUUUUACCUGCUGUGUAAUCAAACAUUCACUGUUUUUCAGUUUUAUUUUUCCUUUCUAAGCGGGACCCGGGGUUUUAUUCAACGCCAUUCUGCACAUUUCCAGUUCGGAAAAAGCAUCAAAUAAAAUCAUUACUAAAAAAAAAAACAACUUAAAAAUGACUAUUAAACACAAAAAGGCAUACAUUCCAUCCUAACGUUUAAGAAGAUUUUAGACCUCCUUCGCAACAAAUGGGACCUGCCUGCUUCCUUGGAUCCACCUCCUGUCAAGGUGCUGCUGAACAUCAGUACUACUGUCCCUAAAGUUAAUUCCUUAACCCCCAUACUGUGUGUUCAUUUCCCUUUGCGGUUGCUUUUUUUUUUUUUUUUUUUUUUUUAAAUGUGUGUGAAUAACAAAUCAAACUUUGUUUUUUUGAAAACUGUAAAAUUGUAAAACAUUUUUAGAGCUUAACUGUAAAUCUGUCUUUUGGAAAACAAAACGGUUUGUCGAUAUUGUUCGUUAACACCUGCUUGCAAAGAAACCUUGAAGCCGUUACAGUCAGCUGCUGUUGUAUGCUUUGGCAUUUUUGACCAGAUCUUUUUCUUUUUUUUUUUUUUUGGUUACCCCCCCCCCCUCGUAUGCCCCUUCACGGCACUUGUACCGACAAGUCUAGAAAAGUCCUGAGUUUCCACUCACUGCUGAAUGGUGUGAUCUGCCAACAAGAAUGCAUGCCUUCAUUUAUCACCCUGUAAAUCUACCACAGAAAUCCAAUGGGGAAUUUUACACUCUGUGGACUGACUGGUAAACUUGCUGCUACCUCGUUUGCAAAAUACGAACGGCAGUUGUGGAGGCGAGGGUCUGGUACUGAUCCUGCAACCUGAUCGGUCUGUCUAAGCUGAUCGGGUUUAGACUAUCAGCUAACUCUUUAAAAAAAAAAAAAAAAAAAAAUGCAACAGUUGAGCGUCAAAGUUUAUUCUUGGCCUCGGAAACAGGCUGAACAAUCUUAACUCAAGGUUCACUCAGUAGCGAGUAAGUGGACCUAGAGUUAACAUUAUCUGUCAGAAAGGAUCUGAUCCCCGAAUCAAAACAAUUUGAUUUGUAAUAAUAAAAAAAACAAACAAAACAAGGAAGCAGUGAUUUUCAGUGUCACCUUUGGCGCAGUUCAAGUCCACAACAGGUACGUGCGUUGAAGGGAGCCAAAUCUCCCGGCAGCUGAUCAGCCAGUCAUCUGUUUGUGGAAGUGAGAACCUGCAGUUUGGAUCAUGGUUUUUGUAUUCAGGCUGGAGUUCGUAAACAUGCAUACGUGUCAAGGUGACCCUCAGAUGAUCUUGUAGAAAAGAGAAAACAAUCAGCAGCUAACGGUACAUUGUCGGGCUCAUCAUUCAGAUCUGACCCUUUAUGAUAUUUACAAGCGUAAUUAUGGUAAAUCGCUAAAAAAUAUUAGGACCCAUGUGGUUUUCGUCCCGGUGUCGUGGUUUACGAUGCGGAUCCCAAACUAGACAAACCUUUAGUCCCAAACUUUGAGAAAUAUUGGCAGGUGUCAGCCGACCAGAAUGCAGACCCAGCAGUCUGUCAAAAGCCCCUUUUUUUCCUCAUAAGAAGUAGUAAAGUAAUUUUUUUUCUCUUUUCUUUUCUCCUCCACUCAGUGUCACAAUAACCUUGUCGUCAACCAUCUCAACAUUCCACUCUGUAGGUGUAGAAAAGUCAUGUGUCUCAAUGUUUUGUUUUGUUUUUUUUCUUUUGCUGGGGACAAAUGUUUUCAUGCACUGAAGUUUAAAAGGUAAAAAAAAAAAAAAAAAAAAUUCCUCCCUGCCGCUCUUUUUCUCGUUAGCUGAA